CCGGCCUUUUUAUUUAUGCGAUUGAUGAGUGAUGACGAUGAUAAUCAAAACUAAAACACGCUCUGAUUUCGAGCGGUAGUAGAGCAGAUAAUUUGGCUUUGACCGCAAGGUGAGAAUGGCAGCAGCGAGAGCCACGACGGGACUGCUUUCCCGGGGAAUAUUUCGGACAACCACAUCCUUACUCCGGACACGGUUUUCCCAAGCGCCGCCGCGAACCUGGGCCUUUGGUUGGAACCCCUUCCUUGUAUUGCGCACUAUCAGUUGCUCUCCCAUCCUGUGCAAGGCAUACGAAUGCAGCGAUGGAGACGGCAAGAAGUCUCCGGCGAGGAUGGCUCAGGUACAGCAGCUUAUAUAUGAAGCCACCGAGCGUGCUCACGCAGCUGGCAAUGAUCCUAUCCCUAAAAUCACAAUCGAUCAUGUUACUGUAAGCUUUGCGAGAAGUGGUGGCCCUGGAGGUCAAAAUGUCAACAAAGUUAAUACGAAGGUGGAUAUGCGGUUCAAUGUACAAAAUGCACACUGGUUAAGUGACAGGGUUCGGGAGAGGAUUUUGCAGAAGGAAACAAAUCGGAUCAAUAAAGAUGGAGAGCUUGUGAUAUCUUCAACUAAGACCAGAACACAGAAGGGUAACAUCGAAGAUGCCUUGAGUAAAUUACAGGUACUGAUUGGCUAUCAUUGAUGCUGCUUCUUAUGUCCCACCGCCUCCGUCUGAAGAGCAAGUGAAAAAAAUAGCAAAGUUAGCAGCAGCAGGGGAGCGCAAGCGUCUUGACAACAAGAAGGCUCUUUCACAGAAGAAGAGUGCAAGAAGAAGCCGUGAUGGUUGGGAUUGAUUUGUUUGGGAGGUGCAACAAUAUUUGGAGGAAAACUGGAGGCAAUAUUUCACAACUUCAAUAGAAUUCAAAUUUUAGUUCUUUAGCUACAUAUAGAUUUCAAGGAAAACUGGAGGCGAGCUUCAUUUAUUUCAACCCACCCAUGACCCAUGUAUUCUGUUAUGUUCUUGGAGUAAAAUACACUGCCAGAAUUGGGAUAUAU